AUUCAUAACAGUGGUAUAACUCAUGUCCUGAUAUGAUCGAUAUUUCCUCAUCAAUAUUACAUUACAUAUUAAUAUUGAUCUGAUCAGAUAACAACUGCUGUAGAUGCUGUUAAAAUCUUCAGAUACAGCCAUAUUCUGGUACUGACAAAUUGUGCUCUAACUCUGCAGUUUUUCAUUUGAAUUCCAGAUUGCUUUACAACUCAGAUUUCAAAUGAUUGUGAACAGGUUUCCUCUAUCAUCCAGAGCUUAACAAUCUUCAGAUAUCACAUUAUGGCGGCAAGAUUUCCUGAAGGAAACCAAGUUCAGCUCCGACCACGAAAAGGUCAUGACAUGACAUGGUCAUGUGACAAGCAUGGUGAGCCAAUCGCAUUUUACUGUAAGAAACACGGACUACCCGUAUGUGAUCGUUGCGCUAUCAAAGAACAUUGCCAAAAACCAUGUGAGCUAGAUGAUAUCGAGGAUGUCAUCUUUGAGAGGAGAAAAAAACUAGAUGAGAAACGGCCAAAAAUACAGGAACUUCAGAAACAAAUGAAAGCCCUAGAUUUGAAAAUAAAGACAGCUUUAACUUUUGGAGAUACUUAUCUACAGACCAUAAACAACAACAUUCAAGCAUCGUAUCACAACAAGAUCAAAUCUGUUGAGGAAAAGGAGGACAGAAUGAUUAGGGUGAUUAACGAGGAGGCAGAUGAGGAAAUAAGACUGGUAAAUGAGAAGAGAGAAAAACGGAUCAAGGAUUGCAACAUUGAGAAAGAAAAGGAGCAAAAACUCAUCAAAGAUAAAGAAACAAAACUUCUAUCAGAUGCAAAAACAAUCAGCGAAAUUGUUUCUAAGAAGAUCAAAGAUCUAACUAUUAAGAGUCAGCAUGUCAUAAACACUAUUAAGAAUAUUGAAUCCACCAUCAAACGUAUAAACCAACAUGAUGAAACAUUGGUGAAUGAAGCUUCUCAAGUACUUGCAUCUAUUAAUGAAAAUUUAAGUUUGAAUGUUCAUCAAGAUGUUAGUGACUGCCUUGACCUAAUAGAGAGUGAAGUUGAGAGAGUGAAGUUUGUAGAGGGGGAAGUAUGUGGAGAAUACUAUGGUAAAAUUGAUGGGUAUAUCGGUAAAUGGGAACUUGCAAAGUCAAUCCACAUUCCAUCGGUCGUUGAUGAGCCUUGUGUGUUUGGUUUAGUCAGUGAGGAUGAGAUAUGUGUGCAAGACGUAAUUAACAAUAACAUGUAUGUUACAAACAUCAGCACUCAACACACAGAGAAAGUCAUUGAUGGUGUGUGGAUUACAUCAUGUGCGCCCAUAGACAGUAACAGAAUAGUAUGUGGUAAGAGGAGAGUUGAUUGGUGGGGUGUCAGGUUGGAUGGAUUCAUCACUCUCUAUGACAGACAAUGGAAGGUGAUUAGAGACAUCAGCAUACCAAGGAAUGGAAACGGUAUGAUUGUGUAUGUUGAUGUUGACAGGGAUGGGAUGAUCCUCGCUGCUCAGUACUAUCAGUCUAAUAUCUACGUCAUCAAUCCUGCUGAUGAUAAGAUAGUAAACACUAUUAAGAUGCAGGGUAAGAAGGUGUGGGGUGAGAUACAAGCCUUGUCAACAGGUGAUAUCAUUGUGACGACAGGUCGUAAUAAAUACACUGUCAUCUCACGAUCGGGAGAAGAGAAGGCUGUCAUACACUGUGGUGAGUGGGACUCACCACAGUGUCGCGUUGACAAACUGACAGACACACUCUACAUCGCGUAUUGGGAUAGAGAUCGUAAUACCUACGCAGUUGAUCAGGUGUCACGUGAUGGUAUCAUCCAGGCAAGGAGGAUCGUGGAAUAUGUGGAAUCAGAUCGCACUCGCUUCAUUAGCCCUUGUCUUGUUACUCCUUCUGGUAACCUUGUACAUGUAGUAUGUGAUGGAGACAAAUUUCUUCUUUACAAGAAGACAAUCCUCUUGUAAAUCAUCAAGAAUCUCAACAUAGUCUACAAGCACAGACCCUGAAUGAAACUUUGAUCAACAAGUUUGUCUCCACACAAAGAAUAGCACAUGUAUACAAAUCUUGCUGUUUCAAUUCCUGAGCGAGAGCGCCUUCAGUACACAAGGUAUAACCCUGCACAUUCAGACCGUUAACUCGAGUGAAGGGUUUGCACAGCAAUCUAAAUGAGUGAUAAUGUUUUUUUAAGAACAUUUAAGAGCAAUGUUUUGCUACAUUUCCAUUUGUGUUUAACUUCAAUCUGCCACCCCUUAUACCCAUUGGGGCAGUUUCAUAACUUGUUAUAGUAACAGUCAAUAGCUAAAAAAUACUGAAAUAAUUCAAUUUGAUUGGAUCAUAGUAACCUUUAGAUAGAAAUUGUUAUUUUAACAAGUCUUUAUGUAACAGGACCAUGGAGACAUUCAUGUUUGAUACAAUGGUCAUGCCUAUGUGUUAUUAAAUUCAAAGUAAUGUAUUUGAACAACGAUUAUUUUAAAGUUAACAAUUCAAUGCUUGUGUGUUCAUACAUGUAUUAUGCUGGUAAAAGUCUAGACAUUCUUUAUUCAAGAAUGAUAUCAUUGAAAUUUGAAUCUUCUUUCUUUCAAGUCCCUUCUCCAUGUUUUGACAAUAAAAUCAUUCAUAUUUUGACCAAUUAAACUUUGACAGAAUAUGAUUUUAAAAAUCAUAAAGAGUUCGAAUUUUCAUUUUAACCGAAUUUAAAUGAUAUUAUCAUCCCACAUUCCUCCGAAAGUUUACAAUGCCCUAACCAAACAGAUUACUCAUUUCAAGAAUUAAAAAUUCAUACUAUUAAAUUGAAAUAUAUUUAGCUUUGUUUUGUAUAUAAAUCUGUCAGUAGGUUCGUCAUUGUAUAUAUAUAUCACAUUUAAAUAUUUUUUUUGCAAGCAUACAUGCAUAUCCUCGUCAUUGCUUACCUUAAAAUAAUGUUUCAAUAAUUUAUCCUGUUUAUUUUCCCAAGCUUUUUGUUUGAUCAUAUCUUUCACCUCUGUAUUAAAGAAGAUUUCCAAUCUUAUCUUUAUAAAACCAAUUCAUAAUACAUAGUAUAUCCAAUUUUUGUAAAAAGUGCAAAUUUCUUUUAUAAUAUAAAGUGCAGUAUACAUGUAUAAUGAUAUGAUAUUUAAAGAUCAUCUAUUUGGGUUAAUACAUGUAUGAUAGAAGAUUAGUAAAAGUAGAAUUCAAGUCUUACAAAUGAUGUUAUAUUCUUUUGUAACAUGUUUUCAUUAAAUUUAGUAUGGGAAUUGUAGUCCUUGAUGUAAGAUAAUAAAAUGAUAUGGUUGUAUUUGAUCUUUACACCUUCAGGAGGAUUGAAAGAAUUGUAACAUAUGAAUCAGAGCAAACAUUGUUUGGUGUAAAUCAAGAGGAAAGAAAUUGAUAUCUUUAUGCUGGAAUAAAAUGGUGAUAGCCAAGAAAGACAAGAAAAAUUCAAUCAUGUAUAUAAAAUAUGCGAAAGAUUGAUCAAUCAACUACCAGUUGUAAACACAUUAUUGAUCUAAAUCUAUCAAUCAUUUUGAAUAAAUGUUGUAAAUGAUUGAAAUCAUUCAAUAUGGUUGUAGGGUGAAAUUUGUGGGAAUUUCAAUCAAAAGAUCAUUAUGGUGAUAGGGAGAGACAGUUUUUAAUUUCUCUACAAGGAAUAUUAAUCUGAUGUAUAAACAAGUAAUUUUGUCAGCCUAAAUGGUAAUAAAAUGAGAAAAUUAAACAUAUAGAUAUAU